AUGGGCCAGGAAGAUAAGGUGGAAUGUACUGUAUGUGGUGGUAUUUUUAGUAUCGACCACGGCGGCAAGUCAGAUAUCAACCAACACAUCAAAACAAAUCGACAUAAAUUAACCAGUUAUGCAAAGAAAUACCAAAAAGUAAGCGACUUUUUCAAUACAAAAUCUUUUAACGAAAAUCAAAAUAAUCUAUCCGCCGAUGAAGGUGUUUUUGCAUAUCACAUAUGUAAACAUAAUCAUAGUAUAAGAUCAAUGGAUUGUACAUCUCAACUUGUUAGGAAAUUAUUUAACAAAAAGUUUUCUUGUGGCAAAACAAAAACAGCACAAAUAAUAAAAAAUGUUUUUUAUCCAUAUGCAAAUGAAAUGCUAAAAAUUGAACUGUCUAAAUGUAAUUUUAUUAGUGUCUUAACAGACGCGUCAAAUCAUCAAUCUCAAAAAAUGGUACCUGUAAUGAUUCGUUAUUUUAUUCCAAAUGAAGGAGUUAAAACUAAAAUACUCGAGUUUGACGAGUUGUCAGGUGAAACAUCUUUACUACUAACUGAUUAUAUUUCAAAAGUUUUAUCCCACUGGGGCUUCUUAAAGAAAGUAAUAGCUUUUUUAGCGGAUAACACUAAUACAAAUUUUAGUGGUGUUAAUAGAAGAGGAAAAAACAAUGUUUUUUACAAGUUAAAAGAAUCAAUUAACACAAAUUUAAUUGGUAUUGGUUGCGCUGCACAUAUUUUAAAUAACUCAAUACAAACUGCUGCUGACACUUUGCCUAUUGACAUUCAAGCGGUAUUGGGAAAAAUAUUUCAACAUUUUUAUAUAUACACUGUUAGAGUCCACGCACUAAAAGAGUUUUGUGAUUUUGUUAAUAUAGAAUAUAAAUCAGUAUUAGGACAUUCAAAAACUCGUUGGUUAUCACUAUACCCGGCGUUGACAAGACUUAUCGAAAUGUUUGAGGGUUUGAAGUCUUAUUUUUUAUCUAUUGAAAAAUGUCCAGCCAUACUAAAAAUUUUUUUUGAAAAUCCAUUGUCACUUCUACUUACAAUAUUUCUUCAAACUCAAUGUGAACUCUUUUUUAAUACAAUUAAAAGUGUAGAAACAGCCAAUUUGUCUAUCGUUGAAGUAAAAAGUCAUAUAGACACUUUGCUACUAAAAAUUAAGUCGCGAAAUAUUAACAAUUUUAUGACGAUUAAGGAAACUGAAUUAUUAAACAAUUUAAGAGAUGAAUCAAUUUUGACACAAAAUAUACAUAAUAACUUCCGGACAUUUUUUUUUGACACAUGUUCAGACUAUAUUACCAAUUGGACAAAUCCAACACUAUGUUCUAAUGCAAAUGUUGAACGAAUUUUCUCCGACAUGAGAAUAACUUGUGGACUGAUGAUAAAAGCCGAUUUGAUGUUAAAACUGUUAAAGCCAUGUUAG